AUGGAAGUUGUGCAAAACGAAAUUAACGUUCUUCUUGAUAUCUUUCGCCAGGAGGUUCAACAAAGCCUGACUAGGCAAGAGGAACAACUUAGCCAACUAGAAACCAAAGCUGAGAUGUAUUUUGGAAAGGCGGGCUCUGUCAAAACUCAAGAGGCGACUGGUAACUAUCUAACCGACAUGCGCUCUGCUUUGGAUGCAGGCGAGCAGAUGCUUUUAGACUUUCAGGAGGGCAUUGAUUUUUACGCAAAGCUCACUGAAGUUCUGCUGAAGUUAUCUUCAAAGGUAAACUUUAAUUUCGUUGAUCCUAUUAAAAUAACCAUUAUUUAA